UGUGGAUAGCGCUAAUCUCGGAUGUUUUCUUGUGAUUCCUACUGAUCGUUACCAUGAACAAGAUCACUCUCACAGAGUUGUAUGUCGAGAAGAUAUAAUUCACCCAUAUGGAUGUACAAAACCUAUGGGCUGUAUUGCUAAUAGCAUUACAUCAUCGUCGUCGUUCUGUGAGUAACUGUGGGCAGUGAGAAAACAUUCGAACGCCGAAACCGACAAAGAACAUCUGACUGGCAUGCGGUUUUUUGUGAUUGACUGUUAUGUGAAAUCGCAUCGUUGGCAUGAUUAAAAGCGCAUUAGGCUUGAAAAAUAAAAAACCAAUGAGAGGUAUCUUCUUUUUACAGUUGGAAUAUAUCAACCCGGGCCCUUACCGCGAUAGAUAAUUUGGAUGUUCGUUAGAUCCAUCAUCAGCAAUGAAUAUCGAUCGUCCGAAAGCCUAUGAAGAUGUUGAGGACCUCGAGAGGGAGCAAGAAAAGUUUCUAGCGUCUCGAUCGAGAGCAUCGGUAACACUGCAGAAAAGGCCCGCGGCGCCGGAAACUGGUUAUGAUCCAGGCGUUGGCAGUGCAGAACCCCGUCAAAAAUCUCGCUUUCGACGCGAACGUGAUGAAGGACGUACACAGAUCCCCUUAUCUGUGAACACAUCUUCUACGCCACCAUUGUUACAAAAUAUUGUCGAGAAGCCAGGUACCGCCAUUUACGUACCAGAAGUACCAAAACUUGAAAAAAGCGUCGAGUCCUUUCCGAAGGCCACUCGAAGGAUGGUUGUUGCCAAUUCUACUAUCGCAAAGGGCACAGCAGAUUCAAAACCUAGCCUAUUUAUGCAGAGUCUUGGGCCACUGGCGCCACCCAGCGUUGCGCAGGGAUUGCAAACCCCGGAAGAAAUCGACAGGGAAUACGAACAAAUCGAGAAGGAGAAUCAGGCAAAGGUGUCAAAAAUGACCCCUGACGAAAUUGCAGACGCACAAAGGGAGCUACUUGCUCGUCUAGACCCAAAGCUGGUACAAUUUUUGCGUGAGAAGAGAGCUCGUCCUCGAACUAACGUUAAGAAAAUUAUCACGGGUGGGUCGCAGUUGGAUGACGCCGUUUUGUCGGACCUAAUGAAACCCAGCCCCACACCCAGGGAUGCACCGAGCACGGCCGAAUUCGUCGAGAGCGAAUUGCCACUGGAGCCGUCUGCGAUGGCGCAGUAUCCCGGAAUGACCCGGGUCGAGAAAGAUAAACUAGCGUGGAUGACAUUGUUACCUUCACCGUCGGCCAUCACUAAUAAAAAGACGGAUAGCGAUAGGGCGCUAAGUGAAAAUAAGAGAAAGGCUGUAUUUACUUGCCGUUUCGAUUUACAAGGUCGAAUACUGCCAGCAGACCUCGACGUACCGACACAGCAUGCCCUGCAUCAUCAUGGAGAAGAGCCUGAAAGAGCCGGUUAUACCGUGCAGGAGCUCAUGACACUGCUUGCAUCGGCAGUCCCUUCACAACGAAUCCUUGCCCUACAGGUUCUCGCCAAUAUUCUCAACAACCACCACAGUGGCAACUAUGACCGCUGUUUUCCUUCGGGGCCGGAGUUAUUAGAGAGCUUGCUGGCUUGCGGUUUCGUGAGUCUGCUCCGGGUGUCUCUCGACGACCAGGCUGCCUCGCAGGUGUCCGAAGCACUUAAAACAACUUUCGCGUUGCUGGUUUCACCAUACGACGAGGCGUGCCUUGACCUCAUUCAUAGUUGGGUAGACGAAGAGCCUUAUAUGCGACCAGUCUUAAAGGUAUUUGGGUCGAAAGAGUCGACGGCCGAAGCAUCGCGCGAGCUGACUGAUGAACAGCUUGCAUCUUGUGAUAUCGUGCGCGGACUAUUACGUAUGGACAUUCUUGCUAGAAUCAGAUAUUUAUUGGAAGUUUGCCAGCCUGAUACGGGAGCGGUUGGUGCUGCGCUGGGGUCGUUGAUCCGCAUUGCAAGACAUUCGCCUGAAGCCGCUGAACGGAUUGCGAAGUGUCCCCGACUAUGCAGUUUUAUCGUGACCGAGUAUCUUCCCAUGUUCGGAUGGAACACCCCGCGACUACUACAUGGUAAAUUAGCUUCGAGCGGGGGGAUUCCGUUAGCACAAGCGUUGAAGUUAAUACGGGUGCUUUGUGCGUCCUCUAGGCUCACAGCAGCCAGCCUGCUAGUCGAACACAGUCUUGAUCGGACUAUUGGAAUCUAUUUAAGCAUCGAUGUUAACGAGCCAAAGCUUCCUCGUCGAGAAGUCUUACAACUACAGCUGGAGAGUCUCCGGCUUUUCCGUAUUCUUCUUCGGCAUGGCCUUUCUGCAGAUUUCUUCGACAACCUUUCACCUGUAAUUCUACGUCAGCUGAACUUCGGUCAACAGGUUUCAUUGCGGCCCAGGACGGGUGAUCUUCAGUUGUUCGACUUGGACUAUGCUUCAUGCUUGAUGGCUUGCACCCAUGCCCGGCUGAAACAGAUUGUGUCACGGGACGAAGACGAGUGGCAAGCCGUGGCAUCUCACACACAGGCCAUAGUCGCAAUCGCUGUGCGGUGGUUGAACGAGCUUUGCGAAGAAGGCGAGCUUCGAAUAACCGCCAUGUCUACACUGGCUGUAGCUUUAAGGUUUCUGGCAGAUGCACAUGUCCACUGGCCGCGUGAAGUUGAACUCAAUACCGUAAGCACCGCUCUUCGUCGUUUGGCUGAAGGACCUCGAUGGGCCGCCCUGUUCGAUGUCAUGAAGGUUUCUUCAGUGCUCACCAUGUCAUUCAAAGCAGAUACGGGAGGGUUCAGUUCUAAAAGGGACGUUCCUGCGCUCCCAAGUCUGUAUGCCAUUCCGUUCGGUACCGAGACUGUAAUUCCAACGGUUAACGAACGUAGUCCGGUCUUUUUAUUGAACUCGAUCGCCUACCUAGUAUGGAGUGCAGUGCAAAGUAAUGAGCUUGAAGGAGCGAUAGAUCUCGGCUGGCGGCUCCUCUGCGCAGACCCUUUGAUCACGUAUUUGACAGAGGUGAAUUCGCUUCCAUUUCAAAACCUACCUGUGUGUCUUUGGUUCGGGCGUGAGGAGGUAUCUCUCCUGUAUCGCAUUGUAAGACUUCGAGUUGCAUUAGAAACGAAGCGUGUAAAGCAAAAGGAUAAUGUCAAAGCAGAAAGCUUAGAUAUGGAAAUAUUUAGAAAUGCUGCCCUGACAAUUAUUCCAUUGUUGAGUCCUGAUCAAAGUGCCUCGAUCAGCCACCUAUUAAAACGAGUCAUUUUCAACCGAACUUGCUACAGCGAUAUUUCUAUUUCAAGAAUGGCCAAUUUGAGUUUGAAGCAACAGACGCCUAUCAGUGCUUCCGGUGAGCAGGUUCGAACUUAUACUGAGCUUCUUCAGGAAGCUAUGACAGGAAUCGACGACAUCUUACAGACAGCAGAAGAUAUGAUCUACUUCAUGCGUGGCAUUAUUGACGCGCGAUUCCUGGAACCUCAUCCGUCCAAAAGUUCUCAGUGCGAGUAUCUAUUCACAACAGGUCUAUUACCCUCAGACUGGAUGUACCUGCCACUUCGACUACUAUACGCUGAGACGACUAGAACCAAAACACGCCAGCCUGAUUCAGAGGCAUUGGAAAAUGGCGACGAUGCUGAUACCAUCGCAUUACAUGUUCUGUGGCUACAGCGAACCCUUCAAGCGGCUCUCAUCCUCACCAGCUAUUCGAAUGUAAUGACAAAGCGUCUUCCACCGCUAGUCAAUUUCGUUCGGCUGGCAUCCGUCUUCGUGGUCGAUUGUGAAAGCUUCCUCGACCAUAACCUAAAUAGCAUGCUCGCAACACUCUUCUCGCUGCUGCUCGUUCCUAACAGUACGCAAUGCGCAUUUGACUCCGUCAACUUUUACUGGGAGGGAUUGCCUGCAUUUACUGAUUUUUAUUCAUCGCUCGUGGGGCAGUUCGAAGCGUGUUCAUACAGCGAUGCCGUGUUCUCUGCCUACCUCCUUUUACCCCAACAACGAUGUUACCACGCGGACCUGCGGCGGCUCCUGUUCACGGAACACGCGGCACUGCUUCGCUGUAUAUCGUUAGCUGAAGACGGUUUGCUUGGCUUACCAGUUAAGCGUUUUCUCGAGCCAAAAGAAACUGAUGAAAGUCUGCUUCUUGCCUACAGAUGUGCCCUCAAUUCACAGACGGUGAUUGAAAAGCGAAAUCCAUUUCUCUAUAUGAUGCUGAAGCAUCAUAUAUCAUAGUACUAAGUCUGCGUGAGAGAAAAGCCAGACUCCGCGAUUGAAUCAACGAGCAAGGAUUUACAUACUUAGAAAACCUAUGCUACAUAUGAUCUAAAUCGCUUCAUUAUGGAAAAGGAUCUUUACUAUAAUAUAAACAAUAUUGAAAUAUUACUGGAGUGUAAACUCAGAGCAAAUAAAACAAUGAUAAACUAAUCCCUAUAAACACGCAUCUUGUACUUGAUUUUAUUCCUUCAACAGCGGAUGGGAAAACCGAAAUACCACAGCUUUUUGGGCCUACGCGAUGCGGCGAACGUGCGCUCGAUCGGUUGAUGCCCGCUAAAACAUCACUUGGUUGGAAUUUACCGCCCUGCCGUAUUUACCAACAUUAGGCUACAACUCGUGUUCUAAUAAUUGAGUCCUUUGGCUGUUGGCUCGAUACGGAAUAGUGAAAGGAACGUUGGCUCGUUAAAGAACUGGUCAGUUGGCCAGGCUGUUCCUCUUCAUUGUCCUGUUUAAGGCUUCAAGACGUUACGCCAGGCAAUUCUCCGUACUAUUCGACUGAGUCCAACUUUUAUCGAGCGUCGAAGCGAAGCUCUAACACCUUUGCGCUUUUGUCAACGACCGACAAGGAGUCUUUGCCGGCGCACUUGGAGUUCUUUGCCCGGCCGCGAAAUGA